AUGUUUUCAAUAAAUCGUUUUUCCCAGGGAACCACAAGUUCUCUGAAAUUUAAAUGUCCCAAUUUUGGUUUCCGAUUUUUUAUUCAUAAAAUUUCUCAUUUGCAUCCCAUCAUCGUUUCUACAAACAUUAAAUUCUCAUUAAUUUAUGAUUUAAAAAACUUUUCGAAUAAUGAUGUUACGCAUGUGAAUAAUAAUACUAUUAAAUAUGGAAUAAUUAAUUUUAAACGUGGAAUGAAUAAUAAAAUUAUUGAUUAUGAAUCUACUGAAAUUGUCGAUAAAGAAAAUAAUCAAAAUACUGAAAUUAUUGAAGAAGAAGAAAUUAUUGAAGAAGAAAUUUUCGAUGAAGAAAUUAUCAAUGAAUCAAAAAUAAAAGAAGCGGAUGCUAUUUUUGAAAGAAAUGCAGAGUAUUACAUCGAGAAUUACGCCAAAAUGACUAACUUUGAAUUGUUAGAGGACUUUCCAACGUGGCUCACUGGAAUAGGUCUAAAAUUAAUAGCACCAAAUUUCAAAGAUAAAGAUUGGCGAGAGAUUAUUCAAUUAAAUGAAGCAGACUUGAAUCAUAUAGGUAUUCGUCACAAAAAUAUUAGGGAAAGAUUAAUUAAACAUUUUGCUAAAGUCCAAAGAGAUUUAGUAAAACAGGAGGUUGAGAAAGGAAUCACUUUACCACCUAAACCAAAAGAGCUUAUUGGAUAUUCGAAAUUUCAUUAUAAAAUAAAAAAAGAUAUUGAAGCCAGGCUUCAUAUGAUUGAUGAUGGUUGUGGAAACUAUUACCCAUAUUUACAGGGUUUAAAAUGGGAUGAUCUUUUAUUCUUGGAUGAUGAAAAAUUAGAAAAUAUGGGCAUUAGAAAUCCGAAAAUUAGAAAGAUAUUAAGUAAUUAUUUUGCAUCCCAAAGAACAAUACCGUCAAUAGAUAAAAAGGCACUAAGUAUAUUUAAGAAUAGACUUGCUUAUUACAGAUCACAUUACGAAAAGCGAACUGAUUUUAAAUUGUUGAAAAAUUUUCCAGCUUGGCUUGAUGGCUUAGGAUUAAAAAUAUUAGCACCAAGAUUCAAAGGAAAAACGUGGCAAGAAAUUAUUGAAAUGAAUAUGGAUGAUUUAAACGAAUUAGGAAUUUAUAGUAUGGAACUUAAGAAAAGAUUAAUUAAACAUUUUAAUUUGGUAAAAAAAAGCAUGGCAAAUUCUCAAGAACAAAUACCUGAAAUGCAAGAAAAUUAUUCUUAUAAAGAUAAAGAUUUACCAAUUGAUCGUGAACUAUUACAAGAUUUAACUUGUUGGUUUCACUCUUUUAAAGAUGGACUUGGAAAUUAUUCACCAUUUUUCAAAAAUAAAAAAUGGAAUCAAGUUAUAAAUAUGACAAAUAAAGAUUUAGAAUUGAUGGGUCUUAGUAGAAAAAUUAUAAUAAACUAUGAAGCAGAUAAACUUUAUGAACAAGUUAAAAAUUAUCAUAAAGAAAAUUAUAUUGAAAAAACUAAUUUUGAAUUAUUAAACGACUUCCCAUUAUGGCUUGAAGGUGCAGGAUUGAAACCUUUAGUUUCACGUUUUGAGGGUAUGCCAUUACAAGAUAUUAUAGAAUUCAAUGAACAAGAUUUAGAAAAUUUAGGUAUAUAUAAUAAAAAUCUUAGGAAAAGAUUAAUUUAUCAUUUUCAAAAGGUUCAAAGAGAUUUGGCUUCUCUAAAGGGACUUUUCAUGAAGCCUCCUAAAAUUCAAAAAAAAGAUAAAUACGACCAAAUUGAUGACCUCAAAAAUUUUAGGCUCGAUUAUGAAAUAAUGAAUGAUUUACCUUGUUGGUUCAAUGCAAUUCAUGAUCAACUUGGGAAUUAUUGGGUAUAUUUUCAAGGUAAAAAAUGGCAAGAGAUUAUAGAUAUGGAAAAUGAAGAUUUAGAAUCUUUGGGAAUUAGAUCACCUGAAAUAAGACAAAAAUUUAUGAGAGGGUUUAAGAAUUAUAAGCGAGCCAUUGCGUCAGAAAAAGGCAUAUUAAUAGAUGUUAGUUUAGCAACUCUACAAAAUAUCGACACGAUGGCUGAUUUCGCACAGAAAUAA